AGGCAGCUAAACGGCAAAACCAACAAAUGAAAUUCCGGCGGCACUUAGGAUGCAUGGAUGGUGGGAAGGUACGUAGGUAAGAGAAGAAUUGAAGAUGAGAAGAGUGGAAGAUCAAGAAGAUGAUGAAGGCGGUGAAGGGGCGGCGGCGGGGAGGUCGCCGUCGAGCAGCAGAUGCCUGGACUGCGGGAACCAAUCAAAGAAAGAAUGCGGAUUUAUGAGGUGCAGAACGUGUUGUAAGAGCAGAGGGUUUGAGUGUGCAACGCACGUGAAGAGCACGUGGGUCCCCGUUUCCCAUAGAAGGCUGCAACGCCGCUCCUCCAGGCUACUCCGCCUUGCCAACCCUAAUAAUCGCUUCAUGCAGCAGCAGCCCCCGCCGCGGCACCGCCAAAAUCUGCCCAUCUUCGGAGCAGAUGGGAGCAAUUUUCCGGCGGAGGUGAGUUUUCCGGCGGUUUUUAGAUGUUUGCGUUUACGUUCCGUUGACCAUUCUAGGGAGGAUACUAAUCACCAAUAUGCAUACCAGACGUCAGUCAACAUAGCCGGCCACGUCUUCAAAGGGAUUCUCUACGACCAAGGGCUCGACAGCCGCUACAAGAUAGGCGGAGCGGGUUCCUCCGGCGGCCGUUUACAACAGCUCGGCACUUUGAUCGAUAGUCCCUCAAUCCUCCACAGCUACCGCGAAUAAUGUUUCGCCGCCGCUUUCUUACCCUGCUACUUUUACUAGUGAUUCUAUGCGUGUGAAGCAUUUCCUCCCAUUCCCAGAAUCAUAGCUCCCAAAUUUCCUCACUUUUUUUGUCCAUUCAACCCCGGCCCCAAUUCAACUAUUGUUAUAUACUCCCUCAUAAAAUUAUUUGAGAUUUAACUUGAAUACAAAUUUAAGAAAGUGUUAAUAAAGUCAAAUGUGC